AUGCAGCUGAUUGCUCACUUCACGCCGCACGUAAGAAAACGAGGCUCAUCAGAUCUCGAUUUGCUGCAUCUCUCAAACGACACCCCAGCCCCGAAAGGAGCCGCCGCCGCCGCCGGGGAACGAGAGGAGCCGCCGCUUCCAGGUCACCGCUGCCCUCGCACUCGCAUCCAUACCUUCGCCGCCGCCCUCGCGCUCGCGGAUCCCUGGAAUGCCGCCGAUCCGAGACGAGCCGCCGCCGCCGAGGAACGAGACGAGGCGCCGCCUUCAUUGCGGACCUGGGCUAGGGUUCCAUACGCCGCCGCCGGUGUCACGCCCCCUCACCACUCCUCCGCGGGCGCCACCCAACCACCGCCGCCCUCUCCACGCACCCGCACCCACUCACCCAACUCUCUCUCCGCCGCCCCAUCUAGAUCUCGGCCGGUUGAUUCCGACGGCGCGCAUCACACUCCUCCUGUGCUCGCCUCGCGCCGCUGCGUCCACCCAUCCGGCUGGAUUCGCCGCUCCCCGGUGGCAAGGGCUUCAGUCGCCUCCAACUCCGGGUUUCUGGCGGUUCAUCUCCGAUGUCUACCCAGCCCCCACGCGCAGCUCUGUCUCCUGGAUGAAUUUGUCCUGCUCGAGGACGACCGGUUCUUCCUCAACCUCCAAGGACGCCCGCCAUCGUCGAGCUUCCCUCCGUGCGAUGCCAUGGAGAUGAAACUCCCCUCGACCAGGGAAUUCAAGGGCAUGUGGGAGAGAGAGGAGGUCCAUGGAGAAGAUGCUCUGCUCCAACCCUCCCUGCCUCCUACUACAAGAUGUCUUUUUUGUGUGUGAUUGUAUUGCAGCAGCCAUCAGCAGCAGCAGGCCGAGUGACGGUGGUGGCUGUGUGCAGGCCAUGGAGGCGAUGAUGAGCACGAGGGGAAGGCUGCUGCUUCAACCCCGUUAAGGUCUGCUGCUUCGAAUUGUCCCAGAUCGGUCGAUUCCUUCUUGCUUUCCCGUUAAGGAUUUCUUCUUGAUGUUUAUAUCAUUGGAUUGCCUGUAUAUUUUGUAACCCGUGGAGUUAGUAUGACCUGCCUGGCAACCUGUAUUUUACUGGAGAAAAUGUUGAACAGUAGGCUUGUUAUUUUGAAUGCUUACGGCAAAGGGAUGGGCUUGCACCUUUUAUGUUCUAGACUAGGCAUGCUAAUGAAAACAUUCCCGUACAUGUAGGUCAUGUGCAUAUAAACUCCAGUCCGCCUCGUUCGUAAUGCUUUGCCUGAUUCUGUUAUGGAUUACCCUUUCUGUUUAUAAGUUGAUGUACUUUAUUGAAUUGGUUUCUUAGUAACCAACCAUGCCGGAGUCUGUUGUUGUGUGGAGAAAGUUUGAUUGAAAUUUAACCAUGCAUAGAGUUCACUCUUAUCGCCCUUUCAUUCAGUACAUUCUGAUCAUUGCAAUUUGGAAUGAUAACCAGGUUCCGUAAGAAG